CUUCUUCUCUCUCUCAAAACAACUACCUCCUCCUUCACGCAGGAAAGGUCUCAAAAUCUGAUAAGAGAAAAUCGAGAGAGAAGGAGAGGAGAGACGCCGUGAGUUUCAACAACAAAUCUCCCUGCACAUUGUAUUUUCUUCCUUGGAAUCAAAGCAGCAAAGGGGAUGAGCAUUCCAAAUGGAGGGCAGAGAUAACCAAACCCCACAAGGUGAAAUAGCUCGAAUUCUAGUUGAAUUCCUCGAGGUUGCCAUUACUUCAAUCGUUUUCCUCAAAGGAGUCUAUCCAACUGGGGCUUUUGAGCGGCGGCGUUACAUGAAUUUAGUAGUCCACAAAGCCAGGCACCCUCAGCUAUAUGAUUAUAUUCACGUCGCUGUUAAUGGGCUCCUUCCUUUCCUCACAAAGGAUUUAAUUGAUCGAGUAGCUGUGGUUUUCCUGGAUGAUGAUGCUUUGCCGAUUGAGAGAUUUGUAUUCAAGCUUAAUGUUAAUCAGUCAUAUAGUUCAAAGGUGCAGCAAGCUGAUCUGGAGUUCUCUCUUAGGUCAUUCUUGAUUAAACUACCUCUUUCUGAACCUCUAACCAAGGAUCUGCCGCCGAAUUGCAGGUGGGAGAUCACGGCUUACUUCCGCGGUCUGCCUCAACCUAGCACCGGCAAAGAUGUAGAGACGUGGAUCCCAUCAGAUGCGAAACAGUGGCAGCAGCCACCAGUGAUCACCCCAAUUAAGUCCAUGAGCAGUGAACCUCUUGGUGUGCAAGUUUAUGCAGAAAACCCCAAUCCGUCUUGGUAGGUCAGAGGUGCUGUGGCUGGAGCUGGAGCUUGACCAUGACUCCACAUGGAGUGGUUCCAGCGUAACGCGAUAGUUUGAUAUCACUCUGUUGUGUAUCAAUUGACAUUAUAUGCCUCAGCUCCAAGGUUUCUAGCAUCUAAAUUAAUAGUGAUCGUGUGAAAAUUGAAAAAUUAGAUAGGUUUUUUCUCACUUUUAUUAGCCUAUAUAAAUGGCCUUUAUUGUAUUUUGCUUUAAUCACUUAGCAAAAAUGUAGCCCAUUAAUCAUUUUUCUC